AUGGCAAAAUUUGUUGCACAUAACAUGCUCCUGGCUCUGAAAGAAGAAGAGUACAAGAUAACUGAAUACGGCAAAAGUACAUGCUUAGACGUGAUUGAUCGUUUCACUGUAGAUAUUCCUUAUUCUGACGGAUGUAUCAAAACGCGUGUUCUAUUUAACGCAAUGGAUCCUUCUUGCCCACCUGACUUUAUUAUUAUGAAUCCUCAAACAGACAUUGAAGUUCCUUAUUCUUCAGUUAUAAGCGACUGGAAUAUCAGCGACCGACGAGGUCUGCUCAAUGCCAGCGCCAAAAUCAAAGACGCUUUUUCAGAAUACCACGAACGGCUAUUUCAGGAAUACAAAAAUCAAGAAACUGAAGUGAUUUAUAAUAUUGCUAACAAAAUUGAAGGCCUAACGCAAAGAAAUGAAAUUAAAGUCAACAUUGAAGGAGGAGUUUUGCAAGAAAUAGUGAUUUCUGUGCCGUUUCCUAUUACUUUGGCGCAUGAGUCAUGCACUCUGCCUAUAUAUUGCCAUGUGAGCAUUUUGCCGCAUGAAGAAAAAUUCACUGUGAACUUGCAGUAUCCCCAAUGAGCAACUCAUUUGCAUCAUUUAACUAUAAAUGCACUUGUGAAAGCACAAAAUCCUUAUUGGCAGUACUCAUCAUUUUAUAGCUUGAUAAACCAGCUAAUUAAUUUUUUGAAGAAGGAAACGCAGACUGCUGGGAACUCAAAAGACUUAAGAGCGUUAUUCAUGCAGUGCCUCUGCAAUGCAAAUCUAGGGAUCCCUCUAGAGAUUGACUCAAUUGAGUUCUUAAAAAUGAGCUUUCAUAUGGAAAUUCCAUAUAAAGCCACAGGUGGGUCAGAAAUCGUCCAAUUAAUUUUCCAAGUCCCCUCAGACUUUCCCAAAUCAGCACCUACCUAUAAACUGAGGAGCCAAAAAAUUAUGAGGCAUAGUGAGCUCAGAGAAAAAAAAUACGGGAACAAGUUUAAAGGCUGAAGCGCAGACUUAGAAAUAUCGCAGCUUGCGGCGCUUGUAAAACAACGACUUAAUGAAGACCUAAAAGAUUUUCUCAGCUGGGUUUAUUCAACAUAA